GCCGAUGCCCCCGAAGAAGCCGGCGCCCGCCGGCGCCGCCAAGGGCCGCGACGACGACGGUGGCUGCCCCGUCAUGACGGCCAGCGAGCGCGAGCGACUGCCCCCACGGAACGUCCCCGAGAACGUACCUGCGCUGGCAACCCUCCAUGACGUGCCCAAGGUCGGCUUCCUCGAGUGGACCGAGAACCUCGAGAUGGAGAACUGGUACUCGCCGGCCAACCUCUAUGAAGACCCGAUGGGGCUGCCCCCGUUGCCUCCGCAUAUUGAUACGUCGUCGUUGGUCUGGAAGCGGCCGUCGCAGUACUUGCCUCCAUUACCCGAGCCGCCCAAGCAGGUGGCCAAGGCCGUCGCCGUGGAUCCAAAAUCCAGCGGCAAAAAAUCGGCGCAGGCCAAAAAGGUCGACGACAAGGUGCUCGACGAUGCCAAAGUCCAACGCUACUGCUACGUGCUGUACGACCCGCUUCUGGACCCGGUGCUGGCCAAGCCCGGGGAUGCGUCGGGCACAACGACGCCAGCCGGCUUUCGCGCCGAGCGCGAGUGGAAGUACGACUUUCAGCGGCUUUGGAGUGCGGAGCAAGCCCAUGACAUUAGCCGUUGGGAAGCCGAAGAAGCGCGUAUUCUAGCCGACAAUGAGUUGCGCGAGCGCCUCUCGAUGGAGUACGAAGAGAACUGGCAAAUCAAGUACCUCAAGGUGCUCGCGGUGCAAAAGCAAGCCGCCGACGCCGACUUGAACGACGAUGACAUCAUGGACGACGGUGACGACGGCGAUGCUGCCGUGUUUGAAGCUUCGGCCUCCCCAACACCCAUGUCGAUCAUCGAUCUCUUUGGGCCCCCUCCCAUGAUGGACAUUGAGCCCAACCGCGCUGUGCGACCCACCGUGCCCGAAGGCGAGUACGUCGACCCACCGCUCGCCUCGUGCUGCCGUGUCAUCAACAACCUCGUGGACCGUCUCGUGACUAACCAGCCCUACUACUGGGAACACAUUUACCCGCAGUCGAUCGUUGGCGGGAAAAAGGUGCCCGUGGCCAAUCCCGGUGGCAAGUACCUCGUCAAGCUCUACGUCCUUGGCAAGUGGCGCCGUGUUGAAGUCGACGACCGACUUCCGCUCGAUAAAAACGGCAAGGUCAUAGUUCUUAGCAGCACGCUUCCGACCGAGAUUUGGCCCUCUCUCCUCGCCAAGGCUAUCUACAAGGUCUUUGCGUGGCUUGGUUCUCUCCCCAACAUGAACAGCCCGUCCACGACAACAUUGUCCAUUGGCUUUAUUCUCAACGCGCUCACAACGUGGAAAUCGCGUCCGUACGUGACGCUCUCAGACGCCAAGGCCCAAGACGAGCUUGUCAAAGUGACACCGCUGCUCGAUGCUGCCUUGAACGUCGAGGUGCAGCCCUCGCUGAGUCUUUCGAACGUGGUGCUGGUCUGCCCGCUGGCAUCGGUCAUGACGCGCAGCUUCAACGCCGUGUGUGGCGAAGCAUUCGUUUUGGCGAGCAUAAGAUCCAUCCACCCGUCGUACUCGGUGUACAUUUACUCAUCACGGCUUGACGCAGCACCGGACGAGACACUUGGGUUCACACCCGAGACGCUCGAGUAUCACAAAAUGACGUCCAUGAUUCUCCAUACGAUCCCGACGCAUACACUGCAACUCGUUCAAGAAUGGCGACAGGUCGUAUCGCCCACCGACGUGACCGUGUUCACGUGGGCGCCGUUUCCGCACGACUUGCCGCACUUUCUAAUUGUCAACGUGCCAAGCGAUGUGGUCGCAACGACGCUCUACGUGACGUUGCAGACGGCGCCAGUGGCCGACUCGUCGGUGACAGAUCGGGGUCUAUUGCUGCUUGAAGACCCGCAGCUGAGCUUGGCCAAGCGCAACGACAGCACCAAUGUUGCCCCGUUCUUCAAGCCAUUUGUAUCGUUGCCGUUCGAGGUCCACGGACCGGGCACGCAUGUCUUUCGCUUGUACCCGCAAACCCUUGGCGCGGGGUACAGCCUCGAGAUUGAAAGUGACGUUGUCGUCGCCCUCCAAAGCAUGCCCGAGUGUGUCACGACGACCUGCGGCAUGCACACGGAGGUCUUUGAGGGUGAGUACAUUGCGAUGCCCGCCGACGCGUGGCACAUUGUGCACAAGUCGACCAUUGCGAUCGCGCCCAGCACGUCGGCCAAGCGCCGGCUCAUUGUCCAUGUGCAUCUCAUGGACGAAGCGGCGGGCGCGUUGUUUCACUUGCACAUUGUCAACAACACGACACGGGAAGUGACACGCUACCACUUGCUCGAGGCGCACAUCGACCUUGGCGACGACUCGACGCACGCGUUUACGGUUUUGCUCGAGUGCGUCGCGCAACGCGCCGUGCCACCGGCCAAGUAUACGAUCUUGAUUGCGUCCGAUGGACCGAUAUCCAGUGGACCGCUUGUGAACGCACCCCUCGCGCUCUCCAUGUUUGCCGGUGUCUACACGCCCAACAAGUACCACACCCUCUUUCGCGACGUCUUUGUGCCGCACGGCGCCGACGACGCAAAAAAGGGAGCCGCGCCGAUUGCAGUUGACGCGUGCUUCAAGCUGUCAUCGUCUGUCCCGGAGGCUGCGCUCAAGCUUGAGAUCUUUGAUGCGGUGUCGGGGGCCUCGCUGGCAAAGGCCAGCGACUACGACUGCGUGCAGAUAAUGCAGCUACCGCCGCACGCCGAUGGGUACAUUGUCGAAGGCAGCUUUGAUACGACAAAGUGGCUCGUUCCAGCUGAGCUCCAAUCCGUCAAGCCCUUUGCGGACCUUGGCAGGCCGCCAGAGCCAACGACUGUGGAGGCGGCGCGCUGGUCCCUCGAAGUAUUUGCAUCGGGCCCGGCGUCGCUCACACCCGACUGCACGACGCUCAAUAAACACGCAGCGAUUCGGUUUGGGUGGGAGCAGGCCGAACGCGGGCGCGAGGUCCGUGGGAUUAUCAGCCGUCUCUUGUAUCUCGGCAAACACGACGAGGCGAUCGAAAAGAUGAACGAGGCCGAGUACACGCCCGAGCAGCAAAAGCAAAUGCUCGGGCGGUACGAAACCACGAGCACGAGCUCGGUCGAAGUCGUUCCUUCGUCUGGCCACGAUCGGCUCUUGACGCGCGACGAGUGGAUGGCUGAGGCCGAGGCGCGCCAGGUCGAAAUCGAGUCGCUUCGCGCCCAAGUCGAAAUGGGCAACAAGGCCCGCGCCGACGCCAGCGUGCAGCGCAAGGCCGAGAUCGAUGCGAUGAAGAAGGACAUUAUGGACCUACGCCAAGCAUGGCUCGUCGAACGGGAACGGCUUUGGAACCAGCGCGAAGCGCUGCGCAAGGAACAACCGAACCCGACACCCGUGGCCAACUUUCCAUAGUCGUCGAUGACAACAAGACAGUGUACACUAUAGGCAACAGUUAUUCGUUCAAGAGGUCUUGCAUCUUUUGCAGCAGCUCUUUGGAGUCGCCGU